UCGAGCUGCAGACGGAGAGUCCAUACCGAGCCUUGCGCAAGAAGAUGUUCUGUUCGUGCCGCUGAGCCAUGCUCUGCAGCCGCGUACGAGAGCCACAGCACUUCCAAGCAGCACAGUUCGUCCGCACGCCGACACGCUGGCAUGCAUCUUCUUCACAUCUGGAUCUACCGGGAUGCCGAAAGGUGUGCAGAUCGAGCACCGCGGUAUAGUACGACUUGCGACGCAGUUUGAAUGUCCUGGGCGCACGGCACAUCUCACAAGUCUCGCCUUCGAUGUAUCGCUGUGGGAGGUGACAGGGGCGCUGCUGACUGGUGGCUCGGUCGUCUGUAUUGAUCAGCCAACCGUCCUGGAUCCUGAAUGUCUUCGUCGGGUGCUUCAGACUCACCAUAUCCAGACAGUGAUGUUGACGCCCGCAUUGCUGAAGCAAUGCUUACAUUACAUGCCAGCUGCCAUGGACGGCCUGGAGCGAGUCUAUAUCACCGGCGACCGUCUCGAUGCAGUGGAUGCUGUCAAACUGAAGGCUGUGUCCUCUGCCAGGGCGUUUAAUGCCUACGGCCCGACUGAGAAUUCGAUCGAGAGCACAGUAUAUGAGCUCCAAGCGAACGAAGACUAUGCCAAUGGCGUGCCGAUCGGCAUGCCUGUCAACCAUUCGGGCGCCUGUGUUGUUGACCAGCAGCUGAGGGUUGUUCCCAAAGGUAUACUGGGAGAGCUGGUCUUGACCGGUGAUGGACUCGCUCGUGGCUACACCGACCCCACGCAAGACGAGGGCCGCUUCGUUCGUCUCACUGUUGGCUCUCGCCAAGUUAGAGCCUAUCGAACCGGCGAUGCCGCACGAGCUCGACCUAGCGAUGGGAUGCUCGAGUGCUUCGGCCGCCUCGACAGGCAAAUCAAGAUCCGAGGACAUCGCAUUGAGCUUCCCGAAGUCGAGCUAACGAUUCUCGAGCACAAGAUGGUCGACGACGCAGCCGUUGUGACUGUCCAACGAUCUCGUGGUGGAGAAGUGCAGCCAUACUUGUUGAUUAUUGACUACUGA